GGGUGAGAGGGGUGCCGAGACAGACGACUCAACGAACAAGCGCUUUAUUCUGCCAAAACUUUAGAAUCUUUUCGUUUUGGUGGGAUAAUCUUAUUUUUGCACCAAACUACGCCUGGAAGUUGCAUUACAACGUGGGACCGAUAGUAAACCAAACUGAAGUUAUUUCGAGGAUAUUUUGACAGACAAACAUGUAGCCUAUCAAGCUAACAAACACAGCUAACUCGAAAACAGCUCUGAACUGUCAAUUUACAACCAGUUGUGAACAAAAUCCGAUGUCCUGAGUACUUGUAGAAUUGUUUCCAAUAGUUCUCCAGGCGAACACUUUCAGGGUUUUUUUUAAUGUGAAGUGUUUGUUAAGUUUUAUUAUUUCCGUUUGUUGAAAUAGCGUUGCUGAAUACUUUACAAACUUGAAACUUGGAAGUAACGUGUCAAUCAUGUCAGCAUCAUCUGCGAGUUCGAGUCAUUACCAGCAGCAACAGCGGGGUAACGUCAAAGGGAGCAGCGACGGGUCCCCCACCUCCUCCGCGUCGACCCCCGGUGGCGGCUACAAUAACAACAACAGCAGCAGCAACAGCAUCACCAGCCGGCUGCAGCCCAUUCGCGCCACGGUGCCCUUCCAGUUACUGCGUGGAAAUCAGCAGAGCCCAACCCGCUCUCCUUCCUCCGUGUCAGUCGGGAGUCUCAUAGGACCGACGUCUCCCGGCUGCUCAAGUCCUACCAGCCCGACGCUGCUGCUCGCCAACCCGGCUGGUAACGGCUCGGUGGACGGCCGGCUGUUCGCCCGACAGAGACCUUCCCCGCCGGACAACUGGGGCUCGCCAGAGCGGUGUCCGAAUUCGCCGGUCUUCAGAGGUGAGCGCUGUAAGCCGGUGCAGGUGGUGCAGGUGGUGCGCGCUGCGGGGCCGAUCAGACGCACGUCAUCACUGGGCGCCAUCACCGGCCCCUACACGUCAUCACUGGGCGCCAUCACCGGCCCCUACCUCAGCGGUCACUGGCCCCGAGACCCCCUCACAUGCUACCCCUCCUGCAUGAAGGACAAGUCCACGCAGACCCCUGGAUGUUGGAGUGAAGAAGAAACAGAGAACAGGAGCACACACCAGCGCUCCGCGUCGUGGGGCAGUUCUGACCAGCUCAAAGAGAUCGCUAAGCUCCGGCAGCAGCUGCAGCGCAGUAAGCAGGCGGCUCGUAAGGAGGGAAAGGAGUGUGUGUGUGUGUGUGUGUCGCCGCUGUCCAUCCCACAACAACACUCGACCCCGUCGCCCAGCAACACACCCAGCGGACAGCCCAGCACUGCCAACAUGGCCAGCCAGGCAACGUCCCCCAUGUCGUCCAAGUCCCAGAUGUCUCUGUCCAGCAUCACGGUGCCCAAGCCGUCCAUCUCCAGAGUGCCCAGCAGUAUGGAGGGCAUCAACCACGAGCUGGAGAAGGUGUUCAUAAGAGAAGGCGCCGAGAAGGAGGAGCUCAAGGCGCUGGAGGUGCCUGACGGCCGGCGUGCUCCGUUCCCCCCCCAGCAGCGCAGCGGCAGCAGCAGGAGUGUGGACACGCAGACGCCGUGUGCCCCCGGCCGCUCCUCCAGCUGCUCCUCCCUCUCCCCCUGCCCCUCCCCCGCCUGCCCCCCCUCCGCCAGCUCGCACGGAGGCAGCCCCUACGCCGAGGACCUGCUGGACGAGCGGGACAAAGUAGAUAGCGGCAGCAGCUCCCCGCUGCCCAAGUUCGCCUCGUCCCCCAAACCCAACAACAGCUACAUGUUCAAGAGGGAGCCGCCCGAGGGCUGCGAGAAGAUCAAGGUGUUCGAGGAGAGCUCCAGAUGUGCGGGUGCAGCUGCGGUGCCGCUGUUCUCGUGUCCAGACAAGAACAAGGUCAACUUCAUCCCCACAGGCUCCGCCUUCUGCCCCGUGAGGCUGCCCAGCGAGCGCCGCGAGCGUGACGAGGGGGAGGAGCCAGAGCAGGAAGAGGCGGGGCCGAGCUCGGCGUUCAUGGUGCCGGGCCACGCCUAUCGCCACGCCCCCAGUCAGGUCUCCGCCUCCACCAGCACAGAGGACGCGACGCUGGACUCCGUCGCCCCCGACGACCCUGAUGCCGCCGCCCCCUCGUCGCCACAGCAACAGCACAGCCUGGCCAUCAGCUAGACCGCCCCACGCUCAGAGCUGGCCUCUGGCGUCCCACCGCCUCACACACACACACACACACACACACACACACACACACACACACACACACACACACACACACACACAGCGCUACUCCGCCACACCAACACCUGUCUGUCCAACUGAGCGUCCUUCUUUCUGCAUGGCAACAGCAUAGCAACAACGUCCUGAACAAACCAUCACCAUCAACGAUGGGACAAACAGACAAUCUCACACACACACACACACUCCCUCUAAGACUCUUAUUACACCUUUGCGUUGCAAGCGUAAUUUAUAAGCACUGUUGUUAGCAGGGACGAGCGAAGAGUGUGUGUGUGUGUGUGUGUGUUUAUGUAUGCAGUAAAAGCAAAACGUCUGUGUGCGUGUGUGUGUGUGUGUGUGUGUGUGUGUCCAUGUGCAGUAAUACGAUGCUUUGCGCAAGACAAGGCUGGAUGCUGGUUAGUGGUUAGUGUGGACUGAAGAUAUGCAACACACACCAACUCACUCCCGUUUGUUUGGUGUGUUUGUUUUUGUUUACUGACAGGAGCUCUCUCUGCUGCCCCCCCUCACACACACACACACACAGCCUCCAGGCUUACAACACACACACACACACACACUCAGGCACACACACACAGCCUCCAGGCUUACAUCAACACACACAGACACACACACGCACCCUCCAGGCUUACAACACACACAUAGACACACACACACACACACACACACACACACACACACACACACACACACACACACACACACACACACACACACACACACACACACACACACAGCCUCCAGGCUUACAUCAACACCAAAGCCAGCUUGUGACAUCAUCAGCUUCUAAUUUGAAUUUGACCAAUCACAGUUGCCCAAUUCAACAGACACUGCUGUCGGAAGGGAAGUGUGUGAGUGAGAGAGAGGGAGAGUGUGUGUCCUUAACUUACAGCUCUGGUGUGAGCUUGCGCAAAGUGGAGUAUUGUUUCUGUGUAGAGUGGAUGAGCUGGCCUGUGUGUGUGUGUGUGUGUGUGUGUGUGUGUGUGUGUGUGUGUGUGUAGCGGUGGAGUGGGGCAUGCUUCAGACUAUGGUAGUAUGUUUAAGAUUCAACUGUUCGGUGUCGUGCUCCGUUCUGCAUCCCCAGUAUGCAUAAGCGCCCGAUAUCUCCGUCAAUAUGAGCAUCAUUUUAACCAUAUAGAACCUAUACGUUCCACACAGAUAAAAGAUGCAAAGCUUGUGUGAACUGAACCUGUGUAUUGCUGUGCUCUGUGUGGAGGGAACAAAGGCUGUACUUUUUUAAGAUUAUGUUUACAAUCUAUCCAGGUUGCGUUUGUAAAGACUUCUUUAAAAAGAGAAAAACAUUUAUUGUACAAAAAGACACACAAACGUGUAAAAAUAUGAUUAAAAAAAAGUUAGGCUCAGAAACACAUAUAUAUACAAAUCUGCAUUUCUAUCAAAUUGGCCGUGAUGCGUUGCACAGCCAAACCGUGGCCACCUGUAUCACCAGUGUAAGAUCCAACCCCACACACACACACACACACACACACACACACACACACACACACACACACACACACACACACACCCACACACACCCACCAGUGCACUGCUGGGGGGUGUAAACUCAGGUAAUUUGAAAUGUAUCGGUCCUAUACCAGAUGGCUCAAAUAUCUGCAGCUUCUUUGCUCAACGGAACUAUAAGCUCCUGCUCCUCUCCUGCGAUGGUACUCUCCCCUCACUUGCUCUUACUCUUAUAUUUAUUUUAUGUCUUAUUCUCACUUCUAGACUUUUCUCAUGACAUUCCCUGUGAGGAUAGUGGAGUGUGUGUGUGUGUGUGUGUGUGUGUGUGUGUGAUGGUAUGCAUGUUUACGCAUGUGUGUGUGUCAUAGUUCAAAUAUUGAAGUGUAAGUCCGUUACUACUUCAUACAAACGUCACACUCCACCCACACUGUUGAUUGACACGCAUAAUCUAAUUUAAAACUCCUCCCAUUCCCAACUGACUUCGCCCUCCAUCAUUACAGCCAAGGCAGCCAGUACACACACACACACACACACACACACACACCAUCACCACAGAGCAGCUCCACCCUGUCUAUUCCAGUCAUAUGAGCAACAAGCUGAGCCCCAGACCAAAGUAUGAACACACACACACACACACACACACACACACACACAGACCAAGGCUAGAGGAACAGCGCAGUCUUAAUUCAUGUUUUCAAAACUCCUGCACCUUAUUGAAAAGAAAGAAGAAGCAAAACAGUGAAGGACAUGAGUGAGCGCUGUUUAACCGCAAUAAUACACAGAGAGAGAGGGCACAGCGGGCACACAGCGGGCACACAGCGAGCAGAGUGGCAUUGCAUAAGGCAGAGAAGGCAGAGUGGCAUAGCGUAAGGCAGAGAAGGCAGAGUGGCAUAGCGUAAGGCAGAGAAGGCAGAGUGGCAUAGCGUAAGGCAGAGAAGGCCAGAUGAUAGCCGUAACUGGGCCAGAUGAUAGCUGUAACUGGGCCAGACAGACCAGGGCCAGGUGAUAGCCGUAACUGGGCCGCAUCAGAGCCAGACCAGGGCCAGAUGAUAGCCGUAACUGGGCCGCAUCAGAGCGUGACCAGGGCCAGAUGAUAGCCGUAACUGGGCCGCAUCAGAGCCAGACCAGGGCCAGAUGAUAGCCGUAACUGGGCCGCAUCAGAGCCAGACCAGGGCCAGAUGAUAGCCGUAACUGGGCCGCAUCAGAGCGUGACCAGGGCCAGGUGAUAGCCGUAACUGGGCCGCAUCAGAGCCAGACCAGGGCCAGAUGAUAGCCGUAACUGGGCCGCAUCAGAGCGUGACCAGGGCCAGGUGAUAGCCGUAACUGGGCCGCAUCAGAGCCAGGUGAUAGCCGUAACUGGGCCAGACCAGGGCCAGAUGAUAGCCGUAACUGGGCCGCAUCAGAGCCAGACCAGGGCCAGAUGAUAGCCGUAACUGGGCCGCAUCAGAGCGUGACCAGGGCCAGGUGAUAGCCGUAACUGGGCCGCAUCAGAGCCAGACCAGGGCCAGAUGAUAGCCGUAACUGGGCCACAUCAGGGCCAGAUGAUAGCCGUAACUGGGCCGGAUCAGAGCCAGAUGAUAGCCGUAACUGGGCCGGAUCAGUGCCAGAUGAUAGCCGUAACUGGGCCGCAUCAGGGCCACGUGUGUGCCGGUCCUGCCCGGCGUCUCGCUGGAGUUUGGAUCUUAAAGCCAUGAACCCAAAACCAGCCAUGUCCUGCUAGCCAGUAGAUGAUAUCCUGUGUAUAGGGCCGUCUCACACACACACACACACACACACACACACACACACACACACACACACACACACACACACACACACACACACACACACAGACAGAGGCAAUAAAUAUGACGUUGUGACCACUGAGUGUUUGUGGAUGUGUGCGGGUCUGAGACAGAUAGAGAGAAAGAAAGUGUGUGUGUGUGUGUGUUUGUUUAUGACACUGACUGUUCUGAUACACUUUCCAUAGGAGUCACAAAGUCCAGUUGUGUGUGUGUGUGUGUGUGGGUGAACAAAUGUAAACACAAAGCCCAGUAGAGCAGGCUAAACCAUAUUGAACACUCUCUACAGGAAAUGACAUCACCAUCCUGACCUGACUCCUUUAGAGGGUCUGGCCUCUGGUGAUAUCAGCCUCCAGGUCCACUCACUCAGCCCCUGAACACACACACACACACACACACACACACACAGAGCUGUGAGAGUGGUGAGUGUGUGUGUGUGUGUGUGUGUGUGUGUGUGCCCCUCCCAGCCUCGGUGAGCCCCCUCGUGUGUGUACAUGCUGUAGGUCCUCUGGUGGGUCUGGUCACUGUGUUUGCUAAAGACAUUCAAUAGCGCACUCGAUAACGCACUCUUUCUCUCUCUCUCUCUGUCUCUCUCUUUCUCUCUCUUUCUCUCUCUUUCUCUCGGUCUGCGUCUGUUCUGGAUGUAGGCUGAGGGUCGGCCACUUGUUUGGUAUUUUUCAAACAUAGAGAUCUCUUGUGUCUUAUUUAAAUAAAGUUAUUAGCAGAA